AUGGGUAAUUGUCUGUUCGUUUUGUUCCGGAAAAACCAGGCAAAUACCGCUGAUUCAGCCACCGAAUCAAAGCUACCUCGAUUCGUGCGCGUCAAUCAAUGGUUGGAUGAGUGUGAGCGUUAUGAGAAGAGUCAGGCUCAUUAUAGCGUCGAAGACCUCAAACGAGCCAGCAACUCCGAGCUGUCUUUUUUACAGCGCAAAGCAGCCAACCCGAUUGAAAUCAUAAAAGUUCACGAGGUAGCCACCAGAAGACGAAACGUCUUCGACCAGCAAAAAGUGGCCGGGGUUUCACCGGUGUUUGUCCGGAAUAAUAAUGAGGGCCCCAACUGGCGCUCCAGUAAUGAGAAGCGGGCCCCGAAAUCCUAUUCGCCGAUUACGCGUAGUUCUUCAACCGAUCCUACCAGCGCUGAGAAGAAAGAUUCCUGGUCUCCAGCUUCGUUACCUCGAUCUUCUUGCCGUACGCUAGAUAUUGCGAUUGAAAAAGACAACGCGUCCACCCAAACCGCUCAAACGACGAUUGCUACACCGGAAACGGAACGAUUGGAGGUAAAGCGCGUC